AUGGAUUCAACCUAUGGUUAGAUAUAUGGGGAAGCGCGGGAUUGGUUAAGAAAUUGAGAUUUAAAUAUUGAAAUCCGUUGCUUGUCUUCCGCAUGACAAAAACAGCAAAAUUUGUAUUUGAGAAGAAAGUUAGCAUUGAAUAUAUUUCUUUUCGUGGAACAUACAAGUAACGUGAGUAAUAUUAACCAGAACACGACGUUUUACAUCAUAUAGUGCACAAUCCAGCCAAAAAAUAAUACAAGAUGUCAAAAGACGAGAAAGAAUGCGUUAUUCCUGACGUGAUAUACGAUGUAAACUCGGGAAAAAGUUAUAUCAAGGGACGAUUUUUUGGAAAAGGUGGUUUUGCAAAAUGUUAUGAAAUUAGAGAAUCAAAGUCACAUCGUGUAUUUGCUGGAAAAAUUGUGCCAAAAUCACAAAUUACAAAGAGCAAUCAAAGAGAGAAAAUGACACAAGAAAUUUCCAUUCAUCAAACUUUGAACCAUAAAAAUAUUGUAGGCUUUUAUGGUUUUUUUGAUGAUCCACAAAAUGUAUAUAUAAUUUUAGAGCUAUGCAGGAAAAGGUCAAUGAUGGAAUUACAUAAACGUAGAAAAGCACUAACGGAAUGUGAAACCAGAUAUUAUAUGAAGCAAAUUUUGGAUGGUGUCAAUUAUUUACACCAAAAUAAAAUAAUUCAUAGGGACCUUAAAUUAGGUAACUUAUUUUUGAGUGAUGAUCUACAGGUUAAAAUUGGUGAUUUUGGUUUAGCCACCAGAUUAGAACAUGAAGGAGAACGUAAAAAAACUGUGUGUGGUACACCUAAUUAUAUAGCACCAGAAAUUUUAACUAAAGCUGGACAUUCUUAUGAAGUUGAUAUAUGGAGUAUUGGAUGCAUUAUGUACACUUUGCUUGUAGGAAAACCUCCAUUCGAAACAUCAAGCUUAAAAGAAACCUAUGCUAGAAUAAAACAAGUCCAAUAUAAAAUUCCUACACAUAUCAAUACAAUUGCAAUGAAUAUGAUAUCUAAUAUGUUACAAGGAAAUCCAUCUAAACGUCCUUCCAUAACAAAACUAAUGAAAGAUCCAUUUUUUACUUGUGGAUUUAUGCCACUUAGCUUACCAUUAUCAUGUUUAACAAUGGCACCUCGCCUAGACAUGUUAGAAAUGCAUAAUCAACGUAAACCAUUAUCUGAAAUGAAUACUAAUGUAGGAGGAGAAGGACAAGAUUUUGUAUUCCGCGUACCUAAUAGUCCGGUGCGUAAGACAAAACUCGCAGAUGCAAUUAGUGAAGUUCAAAAACUGAAUCUUGAUAUUAGAAAAAUGCUUCAAACAUUGAGAGAACAGCUGAGUGCUGUAUUAAAGGCUAAACCAAGUAGAGAAACAACUUCAUCAGCAGAUGAAAUGACUGAUCCAGCUGCACAACCUGUUGUAUGGAUAAGCAAAUGGGUUGAUUACUCGGAUAAAUAUGGAUUCGGAUAUCAACUUUCUGACGAUGGUGUGGGUGUAAUGUUUAAUGAUGGUACCCGUUUAAUAAUGUUAGCCAAUUGUUUCAAUAUUCAUUAUAUAAAUCGAGAAGGAAACGAAUUAUAUUACACAGUCAAAGAAUAUCCAUCUGAAUUAGAGAAGAAAAUGAGGCUGAUGAAUUUUUUCCUAAAAUAUAUGAAAGAACAUUUAAUGAAGGCCGGAUGUUCUUUUGCUGUAAAGCCAAGUGAUGCUAUGUCUAGGAUACCAUACAUGCAUCAAUGGUUUAGAACACAAAGUGCUGUAGUUAUGCAAUUGACUAAUGGAACAGUACAAAUAAAUUUCCUUGAUCAUACAAAGAUUAUUAUGUGUCCGCUAAUGGCGGCUGUUACAUAUAUAGACACAGAGAAGAAUUUCCGAACUUAUAGAUUCCAAACUAUACAAGAGAAUGGAUGUUGUAAAGGUUUAGCUAAAAAUUUGGCAUACGCUCACGAAAAACUUGUAUUGAUGUUAUCGAACCCACAAACUCGAUAAUUAUGGCUUGAGAUUAAACGUUUUAAGAAGAGAACAAUUCUGAUACCAGUAUAUUUUAGAAAAAUAUAUCGAAUUUUUGCUAGAUGUUUAUAUUGCAACAUCCAAAUGAAACAUCUUACAAAUCAUGCAAACAGUUUAAUUAUUUCGGAGGUAUUUUCACGUUCUCAAAGAGAUCCUUCGUAAUUUUUUUAUCAAUAUAGACAAAUUAUGGUUUUAGUCCUUUUUGUAAUAAUUCAUAUUUUGACAAUUUUAUGACUGAACGCAUUUAAAUUUGAGUAUUUUGCCAUGAUAUUCGUUACUCCAUAUAAAUAUCAAAAAUAAUUAUAAAAUAUGAACAGUAAUUGAUUAACAUUGCUUUAAUGGAGUAGUGCAAUUGAACACUUGUCUAUUUAUAUGUCUAAUAUACAAGAAAAAAUAAGGGGACUAAUCUUUAAUAUUAUUCUAAGAAUGCAUUCCAAAAAAAAUUUUCUCAUCUGAUUUUCAUUUGACCAAUGUUAGGUCUGCUAAUGUGUGUAAAGUAUGCGUGUGCGUAUUAUGCACCAUUAAAACAUAGUAAAAUUUCUAAUUUUCUUGAUUUUACAAGAGGAGAUCAGAAUUGUUUCAUAAUUGUAAAAUUAUUGUACGACAUCUAAAAGGUCGUGAAAUGAAAUGCUAAAUAGAAUAAGUGAAAACUUAACAAAUGACAAUAUUUAUAUAAGGCCUAAAUUCUUACUCUACAAAAUAUUUAAAAAAAAUAAAUAUAUACAAAUGUGUACAUAGAUACAAACAUUUCAUGGCAUUAAGAUAAUACAUAUCGUAUCAGCAUUUAUUGCAUUAAAUAUUAAGAAAUUGUAA